AUGACUACGGGAGUUGUGACGACUCUCAAUAAUGCAGUCAGCUCCGCCACCGUGAAGAUGAAUGGAUUCAGUGUCUUAGUUCUUGUGCUCAUUGUGGGUGCAGUGUGGGCAGAACCGCCAAGAUUUCGUCGAGUGCAGCGCUUCCGCAGUGGAAACUCCCAAUUCGCUCGGCAGGAAGUCGAGAGCACCACAAAUGCUGAAGAUGCUACAGAGACAGCAGAUGCUGGAGCUCCAUAUCCCGCCGCAGGAGCUCCAUACGCGCCUUCUGGCUGGAAACCCUCGGGACGCCUUCUGACGCUGCCCACGGAGCGACAGCAGCAGCCACCGGCGACAUCCUAUGGCACGCCAGACAGUGCAUAUGGGCCACCUCAGGAGGCAACCACUCCAAAUGACGACGUGGACGAGGACACUCCGACGCCCAACCCCGAGACUGAGAACUUAAGCGAAGUGGAGCAAGUGGGAGUCCGCGGCCAACCCAACAAUGGUUACUAUUUUGUGCAGCUCGCCGUGCCUCAGUCUGUGGCUCCGGCUAGUCUGAGGGUCCGUCCAGUGGCUCUCACCGAACAAGUGUACCUCACUAACCCCGUAGUAGUGCCAUCUAGGUACGUGUCCUACAAUUCCGCCUUUACCCAGACGUGGUAGAGAGCGUCAAUUCCAAUCGGAUUGAUCAAUCGCUUGCGAGUAACUGAAUGAAUGACAAGAUAAUACUCAUUGGACUAAUAAAUGCUAUUGUGAACGUUGUGAAUUAAAUUAUUUUGG